AUGAUAUUUGCAACCUUAGAACAUAUAUUAACUCAUAUUUCCUUUUCGAUCAUCUCAAUUGUGAUUCUGAUUCAUUUGAUGAACUUAUUAGUCUACGAAAUCGAAGGAUUACAUAAUUCGUCAGAAAAAGGGAUGAUAGCUACUUUUUUCUCUAUAACAGGGUUUUUAGUUAUUCGUUGGAUUUCUUCGGGACAUUUUCCCUUAAGUAAUUUAUACGAAUCAUUAAUCUUCCUUUCAUGGAGUUUAUCCAUUAUUCAUAUGAUUCCGUAUCUUGGGAAUCAUAAAAAUGAUUUAAGCGCAAUAACUGCACCAAGUGCCAUUUUUACCCAAGGUUUCGCCACGUCAGGUCUUUCAACUGAAAUGCAUCAACCCGCAAUAUUAGUACCUGCUCUACAAUCUCAGUGGUUAAUGAUGCAUGUCAGUAUGAUGCUAUUGAGCUAUGCAGCUCUUUUAUGCGGAUCAUUAUUAUCAGUUGCUCUUAUAGUGAUUACAUUUCAAAAAAGAAUCGAUUCUUUUUUGAAAAACAAGAAUUUUUUCAGUUUAAGGAAGUCGUUUUUCUUUGGUGAUAUGGAAUAUUUGAACCAAAAAGGAAGUGUAUUAAAAAAUACUUCUUUCUUCUCAUUUCAAAAUUUUUACAAAUAUCAAUUAAUUCAGCGUUUGGAUUAUUGGAGUUAUCGUGUCAUUAGUUUAGGGUUUACCUUUUUAACCAUAGGCAUUCUUUCUGGAGCAGUAUGGGCUAAUGAAGCAUGGGGUUCUUAUUGGAAUUGGGACCCUAAGGAAACUUGGGCAUUUAUUACUUGGACCAUAUUUGCAAUUUAUUUACAUACUAGAACAAAUCCAAAAUUGCAAGAUCAAGGGACAAAUUCGGCAUUUGUAGCUUCUAUAGGAUUUCUCCUAAUUUGGAUAUGCUAUUUUGGGAUCAAUAUUUUAGGAAUUGGGUUCCAUAGUUAUGGUUCAUUCCAAUGA